GGAGAGGGUAAGAUUUACCCACGAUCUGACAGCACUGCACUGAGCUAAAGUCUCUGGGAUGACUGCUUAAUAUUAACACUGCGCAUGUCACUCUCGAGCAAAUGUGUAUGGUGCGCCGCGUUUCGAGUUCGCAACUCAAAUUUAUUAUUAAAUGAAAGAAUUUAAUAAAUAUUAUGGCUACCAAUAUAUUAUGUACCGCAAUUCGAAGAUUAGCUAUUAAUUCACGUGGUAUAUUUCCUGCAAGACGUUAUUUUAAACAUGAAGCUAUUUUAGAUAAAGAACAAAUUAAUAUUAUUUCAUUGUUUCGUAACAAUAAUGGCGAUAUAUUUAAAACUAAUUUUAAUUUAAAGAUCAAGUUUGUACCAAGAACGUUAAAUAUUGAUUUUGAAUUACCAGUGAAUAAUUAUGUAUAUAAAAAUAUUAUUGAUAGACCUGUUAUGGGAAUAUCCAAAAUAGAAAAUCCAAAUAGAUAUUUACCCAUUUGGCGUGAUUUACCUGUUUCAAAUAAAUCUAUGGAAUUGCCUACAAUGGAGAAUGUUAUUGAGAAGCAAGCCAUAAGAAUGUUAAUCAUAAGACGAAAAAAAAUGAAGAAACAUCAGCGUAAGAAGCUUAGAAAGAAAAUGCAAUUUUAUUGGAGAAAAAUAAAACAAAAAAGAGAAUUAUUGAGGGAAAAAGCUUUUCAGGCCGAGCAAAUCGCAUUCAUAAAACAGGCAGAAAGUUUUGAUGCUGCAAAAUAUGUCAAUGAGAGAUUAGAAGAACUCGAUAAAGAAUUCGUGCCAAGAACAUUUAGAGGUGAAGUAUUACCUCAAGAAGUAAUUAAGAAAUUUAUCGAAGAUAUCAAAUGUAAAAAAGAAGCCAGAAAGGAUAUACCUAAGUUGACUUUAUAAAAAUUCAUUUACAUUAUAAAUAAACACUUGAUUUAACUUCA